CUAAGAAAGGCCUUCAUGUUUUAAAUGCGGCCUUCAAGUGCUAUCGGAAAUAUCGUAAUUACGAAUUCAGAGCGAGUUUUUGUUAAUGAUACUCGCGUUAGUUGGGGACUCACGGUACACUAAAGUCGGAAGAACGACUUCUAAACUAGGACAUUCGACCUUUCAAUGAGCACAUGACGGUAGCAACAGCGCUGAUGGUGGCAGAGUUUGGGUUGACAGGGGGCCAUGGAAUACUGUAACGAUAGCUAAGCUCAAGUACUACCAUUGCAGAAAUAGUCGUUUUUUGUAAGGAAACUGUUGUUGUCCAACAGAUUACUUACAUUUAACACAGCAAGUGAAAACCUGCCGUUGUCUGCAGUCAUGUCGGAGGACCCGAGCCCCCAAAGUUGGUCUAUCGACAGGGAUGAUUAUGUGCUUAAUGAGGUUAUCGGGAGUGGAGCCACGGCUGUGGUCCAGGCAGCAUACUGUACGCCACGGAAGGAGAAGGUGGCGAUCAAACGCAUUAACCUGGAAAAAUGCCAGACCAGCAUGGACGAGCUCUUGAAGGAGAUCCAGGCUAUGAGCCAGUGCCACCACCCCAACAUCGUGUCCUACUACACUUCCUUUGUGGUGAGGGAUGAGCUGUGGCUGGUGAUGAAGCUGCUCAGUGGGGGCUCCGUUCUGGACUUCAUCAAGUACAUCAUAUCACGGGGGGAGCACAGGUCGGGCGUGAUGGACGAGCCCAGCAUCGCCACCAUCCUCAAAGAGGUCCUGGAGGGACUGGACUAUCUGCACCGGAACGGGCAGAUUCACAGGGAUGUGAAAGCUGGAAAUAUCCUUCUUGGGGAAGAUGGGUCAGUGCAAAUUGCAGACUUUGGAGUGAGUGCCUUUCUAGCAACGGGUGGUGACAUGACUCGGAACAAAGUACGGAAGACGUUUGUCGGAACCCCGUGCUGGAUGGCGCCUGAGGUGAUGGAGCAGGUGAGGGGAUAUGACUUCAAGGCUGACAUCUGGAGCUUUGGAAUCACGGCUAUCGAGCUAGCGACCGGAGCGGCACCAUAUCAUAAGUACCCUCCUAUGAAGGUGCUCAUGCUUACGCUCCAGAACGACCCGCCGUGCUUGGAGACGGGCGUCACGGACAAGGAGAUAGUGAAGAAGUACGGCAAGUCCUUCCGCAAGAUGAUCUCGCUGUGCCUACAGAAGGAUCCAGAGAAAAGGCCAACUGCUGCUGAGCUCUUGAAGCACAAAUUCUUCACAAAAGCAAAGAAUCAUGAAUAUUUACAAGAGAAGCUUCUACAGCGGGCUCCAACAAUAGCAGACAGAUCCAAGAAGGUGCGGAGAGUUCCGGGCUCCAGCGGCAGGCUCCAUAAGACUGAAGAUGGGGAGUGGGAGUGGAGUGACGAUGAGCUGGAUAUGGAGAGUGAAGAGGGCAAGGCGGCCUUUGCUGCUCUGCGGUCACCCAGAGUGAAGGAAGACCCUCCGAGCACAGAGAUCUUCACUGGGGAUCCGGCUGCCCUGCUCCAGUCCGGUGGCUCUGCACAGGCCGACGUGCCCCAGAGCCAGCCAGCGGGAGAGCCCCCUAUCGCCACAAUAACAGCCCUACAGCCCCAGGCCCCAGGUGCAGCCGCUGGUCCUGAUGCUGUGCAGCAGCCCAUUAGUCUGGUGCUGAGGUUGAGAAAUCUGAAUAAGGAGCUCAAUGACAUCCGCUUUGAAUACAUGCCAGGAAGAGACACAGCAGAUGGGGUUUCUCAGGAGCUGGUCACUGCUGGCCUGGUGGAUGGCAAAGAUUUGGUCAUAGUUGCUGCAAAUUUACAGAAGAUUGUUGAUGACCCUCAAAACAAUAAAAAUAUCACUUUCAAGCUGGCGUCUGGCGUUGAAGGCUCUGAAUAUCCAGAUGACGUGAAACUCAUGGGAUUUGCCCAGCUGAGUAUUAGUUAAGAAUAACCACACUGGCAGCCUGGCCACACAGAGCUGCACAGGGGUGCAUAGUAUUUUACAUACAUUGGCCUAAAGAGAACCACUACUGCCAAAGAGGAGAAAGUGACCCGUCAGCACAUAGGAUUCAGAGCCCCUGUCAAGCUUGAGGACUGCAGUGGAGUGCAGAACUUCAUAGGAAGUGCACUUGAAUUGUUUACAGUGUUGGUGUAUAUGCAGAAGGGUGUGACUGUCCAUUCACUCCACAAUUCGAUAUGUUCUGUUUCCAGUUUUUUUCUUGUUUUCAAAAAAAGGAAGAAAAAAAAAGCUGAAGAGUGGCACAUGCACACAAACAAAAAAACACUUGCACAAUCUCAAAACCUAUUCCCUGUAAUGUUUCAUGUUAAAGAAUGCCUUAUUUUAAACAGUACUACUGAUUCAGAUGUCAGGGCGUUUGUUGUCAUGUAGAGUGGUGUGUGUGUAGUUUCAUUCAUUGAUGUUAGUGGUGAAUUGUUUGCAAAUGGCUCUCCUUGUCCCUUGUCGCCUUCAUCCUCACGUGAGCAGAGAGAGGACACCUGUGGUGAGUCCUUUUGGGAGAAGUGUGGUGAUAAUCUUAUACUGUGAGCACUUUGACACAUUCAUUUGCAACACACCUUGAAGAAGGUUUUUUUUUUCUUAUUAAUAUUCAUUGAUGUCAUCACUUGUAGAGCCCAGUGUACAGAACCCCUUCUCGUCUACAUGCUCACAUAUAGACACACACACAUACUCACAUCACACGCAUACUCACAUGCAAUACACUAUUAUUAUUUUUUUUUCUAGGUUUGACAAUAUGGGCAUGUUCCAAUAGCAGACCAAUUGCAUGAAUGGCUAUGAUAACGGAUUUAGGGGAUUAAUAGAUGUUGACUCGCACCUCUUGGCAGCACACUCACAGAAAUCCAGGAAGCCCUCAUUACAGUGAUGAGCAGGUGAUUAUACUGUACAAAUACGGGAAAUUUAGUGCAAUUAUUCAAAUUAUUGUAACUGCAUCUACAUUUCAGACCCUAAGUGUUGGGUUUUUAAAUAUUUAACUUGACAUUUUAUCUCUUAUAACUCCAAGAUUUGAAAAACUAAUUUUAGUUAUGUUGACAUGGAUUUUUUUCUGCUAAAUCUGAACUUGAUGGCAGCUCACCUGACCUGUUCUCCCUGAGCAUCCAGUUGUAGCUGGUCUUUGGUCAGUCUUUUCUUUUGCCUGUGAGAUGUUGCCUCUCAAGCACUGGGCCACAUGCAACAAGAGCCUAUCACUGAUAAGAGGAGAUGCACAGGGCUGUUUCCUGAACGUGUUGUGUUGCCUCCAUGGUGAUCUGUAAACAAGGUUUUAAGAAGGAUAACCAUUCUAUGAUGUCCAUUGGACCUCAAUGGUUUGGAAAUAGGCAACCCAAUUUGUAGAUGUUGUGUGUGUGUGUGUUUGAAGAGGAAGUUAGCAUUGUAAGGAACAUCUGUCAGGGACAUUUUGCGGUCCCCCCCCCCCCCCCCCCCCCAACCCCCCAUCAACUCUUGUGCUGACUCUUCAACCCAGGCUAGGGCCUUUGUGAUUGCUUCCCAUAGUCUCUUGAUCUGACAGUGUUAUGUUCAUGUCUGUGUUGGUGUUUGUGCUACUUGCAUAACAUUCACAAGAUGGGCCAGAGCGGUCACUAGUCAAUUGACCAGCGCUGAACUUGUGGCAGUACACUCCAAGUUAAUGCUGAAGUCCACUUGAACUCCAGUGCUACCUUGUGUAUAUCAGGCCAUUUUAAAAUGGUUUUAAGUUGAAACAUGUAGUUACUGAAGCAAGACACACUGUCACACUCAUUUGUGGGUUUUGUCUGUGAAAAUGACUCUUGGAAUUAUUGAAAUAAAUAUAUAGUAGACAACAUUAGCCUAUGAAUGUGGCAAGGAGCUGCUGAGUACUUGAUUGAUAACUAUGCUAGUAUGUAAAUAAUGACAUUUGGUGUUGAUUUUGUUUUGUGUUUUUAUAUAUAAAUAUUCAAAUGUA